AUGAGCGUCCGAACCGUCGAAUUGAAGCCAUUUCAGGACCAGAAGCCCGGAACUUCUGGUCUCCGCAAGAAGGUCAAGGUCUUCCAGCAGGAGCACUACUCAGAGUCGUUUGUUGCCAGCAUCCUCCAGUCCAUCCCUGAGGGCGCUGACGGCGCCUUCCUCGUCGUCGGUGGUGAUGGCCGUUACUGGAACCCCGAGGUCACCCAGACCAUCGCCAAAAUGAGCGCUGCCUACGGUGUCAAGAAGCUCUUGAUCGGCCAGAACGGAAUCAUGAGCACACCUGCCGCCAGUCACAUCAUCCGGAUACGAAAGGCGACCGGUGGCAUCCUCCUCACUGCCAGCCACAACCCUGGUGGCCCCGACGAGGACUUUGGCAUGAAGUACAACCUCGCCAACGGUGCCCCAGCUCCCGAGAGCGUCACCAACAAGAUCUACGAAACCUCCAAGACCCUCUCGUCGUACAAGAUCGCCGACAUCCCCGACAUCGACUUGAGCACAAUUGGCACACAAAAGUAUGGAAGCCUCGAGGUUGAGAUUGUCCACUCAACAGAGGAUUACCUGAAGAUGCUCAAGGACAUCUUCGACUUUGACCUCAUCAAGUCGUUCCUCAAGCAGCACUCGGACUUCAAGGUCCUCUUCGACGGCCUGAGCGGUGUCACCGGCUCAUACGGUGUGGACAUCUUCGAGAAGGAGCUCGGCAUCCCCAACAGCACACAAAACUGCGUCCCCAAGCCAGACUUUGGCGGCCACCACCCAGACCCCAACCUUGUCUACGCCAAGUCGCUGGUCGACGCUGUUGACAAGAACGGGAUCCACUUUGGUGCUGCCAGUGAUGGUGAUGGUGACCGAAACAUGAUCUACGGCGCAAACUCGUUCGUCUCACCUGGUGACAGCUUGGCCAUCAUCGCACACCACGCCGAGCUUAUCCCGUACUUCAAGAAGCAGGGCAUCUAUGGUCUCGCCCGCAGCAUGCCGACCUCUGGCGCGAUUGACCUGGUCGCAAAGAAGAAGGGCGUCGAGUGCUACGAGGUGCCUACGGGCUGGAAAUUCUUCUGCGGUCUCUUCGACUCUGACAAGAUGAACAUUUGCGGUGAGGAGAGUUUCGGCACAGGCAGCAACCACAUCCGUGAGAAGGACGGUCUGUGGGCUGUCGUUGCCUGGUUGAACAUCCUGGCCGGUGUCGGACAGCAGACGGGUAGCACACCCAGCAUUGCCUCAAUCCAAAAGGACUUUUGGAAGACGUAUGGCCGCACAUUCUUCACUCGUUACGACUAUGAGGGCUGCGAGACUGAGGGCGCAAACAAGGUCACCAGCCACAUGAAGGAACUCAUCACCACCAAGAAGGACGAGUUCAUCGGCUCUACCGUCGCUGGCCGCAAGGUUGUCGAGGCAGACGACUUCUCCUACACCGACCUGGACGGUAGCGUCAGCAAGAACCAGGGUAUCUUUGUCAAGUUUGAUGAUGGAAGCCGCAUUGUUGUUCGUCUGUCUGGCACAGGUAGCAGCGGCGCCACCAUUCGUCUCUACAUUGAGAAGCAUACUAGCGACGAGUCGACAUACGACAUGGACGCUCAGGAUUACCUCAAGGACAACGUCAAGCUUGCGACUGACCUCCUGAAGCUCCAAGAGUACGUUGGCCGCACCGAGCCCGAUGUCAAGACACGACUUGUACACGAGAAUACCAGCUCCGCUGUGCCACCCCAGGCAAAGGGCUCUUGGUCGAGCUUCCUAAAGUCCAUCGCAUCCUUCAAUGGCGACCUCUCCACCAUGACGGCGCCUGCCUUUAUCCUCUCGACGAAAUCCCUUACCGAGUUCUCGUCGUACUGGACUGAACACCCCUCCGUCUUCGUCGCCCCUGCAGCCGAGAAGGACCCUGCCAAACGGGCCAUGCUAGUGCUGAAGUGGUUCCUGAGCACAUUGAAGCAGCAGUAUGCGAGUCGGUCAGAGAAGCUGGGCAGCGAGAAGAAGCCGCUCAACCCUUUCCUAGGAGAGCUUUUCCUGGGCAAGUGGGAGGACCAGGCAGGCACAACCCAGCUUGUCAGUGAGCAAGUCAGUCAUCACCCACCCGUCACGGCUUACUCCAUCUGGAACGACCAACACGGCGUCCGCUUAGAGGGUUACAACGCGCAAAAGGCGUCGUUCAAGACGACCAUCAAUGUUAAGCAAAUCGGCCACGCAAUGCUGCACCUAGACGCCUACAAUGAAAGCUACCUCAUUACCCUCCCUGCGCUCCACAUCGAAGGCCUCAUCACAGGCUCACCCUACGUCGAGCUCAACAGCAGCACUUACAUCCAGUCGUCUACCGGAUACACCGCGCGCAUCGAUUACAGCGGCAAGGGCUGGGUCUCUGGAAAGAAGAACAGCUUCACCGCCGUCCUGUACCCAGAGGGCAAAGAGAAGGAAGCCAUCUACAAAGCCGACGGACAGUGGACCGACUCGUUCCAAAUCAAGGAUGCCAAGACCAAGGCCGUGGUCGAAACUUUUGACCACAAGGCUGUGAAAACGACGCCCCUGACCGUCGCAGACAUUGAGCAGCAAGACGACUUUGAAACCCGGCGCGCAUGGAAAAAAGUCAGCGACGCGAUUAACAAGGGUAACAUGGACUUGACGUCGUCGGAAAAAACUAUCAUUGAGACGCGCCAGCGCGAGAUGCGUCAGCAAGAAAAGGAUGCGGGCAAGGAGUGGGAGCGCAAGUUCUUCUCGCGCGCGCCGCAGUAUCCCCUGUUUGAGCAGCUGGCCAAGAAGAUUGGCGAGGGCAUCAAUGAUGGCCAGACUAAUGGCGUUUGGAGUUUUGAUAAGCAGAAGGCGGAUGCCGCCAAGUCGCCAUUUCACCCAGAUGUUGUGCCUCCGAUUUAUGAGAGAAAGUAA